AUGCCGCUUGGAUGGGUGAUACCAUGGCUAACCCUCUGCCUUGGACUAUCUGCAGAGGCCAGUGAAGUUAGCCCCUCUCACAACGACCAGUGCUGCAGCACAUGGGGAUAUUACCAAUUUAAGACUUUCGAUGGAGAUUUCUUCCAGCUUCCCUCCACUUGCAACUACGUCCUUGUGUCCCAGUGUAAGAGCAACUACGAGGCAUUCAAUGUUCAGCUGCAAAGGCAUGAGAUAAAUGGGGUCCCCACCAUUAAGAAGGUCACUAUGAAACUGGACGGGGUCAUUGUGGAGUUAGUCAAUACUUCCAUCAAAGUCAAUGAUAAACCUGUCAAUAUACCAUUCAGCCAGGUUGGCAUUUCAAUUGAAAGAAUUGUCUCCUAUGUCAAAAUCGAGUCAAAGCUGGGUUUGGUCAUCAUGUGGAAUGAAGAAGACUCCCUUUGGGUUGAGCUGGAUAAGAAAUUCAAGAAUCAGACAUGUGGCCUGUGUGGUGACUUCAACGGAGUCCAGCGUUAUAAUGAGUUCACUGAUUCAGAAACAGGGAAUUCUUUAACUCCUUAUUAUGGGGAAGCAUGGAAACUCAAUGGUCCUACGGAAAACUGCGAAGCAAUCUCUACAGCCCCAAAGACGUGUGAAAAUCAGAUAGCCCUCUGUGAGAAUCUGCUGAAAAAACCUGCAUUCCACAGCUGUCAAAACCUGAUUGAUAUUGACUCCUUUGUCAAAGCCUGUGUGGAGGACCUGUGCUACUGUAACAGCAACGAUACGUCAUGCUUGUGUUCAACCAUAUCAGAGUACUCCCGUCAGUGUGCUCAUGCAGGCGGGAAACCAAAGCAAUGGAAGAGUGCACAACUGUGUGAAAAAACAUGCCCUUUCAACAUGGUGUAUAAGGAAUGUGGUAGUCCCUGUUCUGACACCUGCAGCAACCUCCAGAGAAGCCAAGUGUGUGAUGAUCACUGCAUAGAUGGAUGCUUCUGUCCAUCUGGGACUGUCUUCGAUGACAUUACAAAAAGUGGGUGUGUUGCUGUUGACCAGUGCUCUUGCUUACAUAAUGGCAAGCCAUACAAACCAGGCGAAUCAUACUCAAGUCCAUGUAGAAAAUGCACUUGUGGCCAGGGGGAGUGGAUCUGUAACCAAAUGAACUGUCCUGGUAUCUGCUCCAUACUGGGUGGCUCCCACAUCUCCACCUAUGAUUAUAAAACAUACACGUUUCAUGGACUCUGCUCUUAUGUCCUCACCAAGGAAACUAAUGGGACUUUCAGUGUCCUUGGUGACCUGGUCAAAUGUGAAAAAUCAGAUCAAACAACUUGCCUGACUGCAGUCACUCUACUACUGCCUAAUCAAGUGAUGAUUGUGGUUGAGGCCAAUGGACAGGUUACUUAUAACAAAAUGAUCUCUCACCUGCCUUUUUACAGGGAUGACAUCACAGUCUUCAGCCCAUCGACAUUCUUCAUUGUAAUCCACACCACCUAUGGGCUUCAACUUGAGAUUCAGCUCACACCCAUUAUGCAGGUCUACAUCAAAGCCAGUGUUUCAAAUAAAGGAAAACUGAACGGCCUUUGCGGAAAUUUUAACAAUGUGGGAGCUGAUGACUUCAAAAGCACAAAUGGAUUGAUUGAGGGAACAGCUUGGACAUUUGCCAACACAUGGAAGACCAAAGCAAGCUGCCCCGAUGUGACAAACAUACUUAGGGACCCCUGCAUUUUGAGUGUAGACAAUGAGAAAUAUGCCAAACACUGGUGCUCAAUGCUGACAGACCCAAAAGGGAUUUUCUCUCAAUGCCAUUCUACAAUAAACCCUCAAGACUAUCAAACU